ACUGGCGCCCCCAAGUGGUUCAUCUUUGUAACUACUAGUCGCCUCCCUGCAGUUCAUUAAAUGGCUUGUAAAUUAUUUUCCAGAGUCAUGUUCUUAGAGAGUAAUCCGUGGAUGACUCGAACCACGCUCAGCGUUUUAAGCCGGAGUUGCACGUUUACGGUGGUACAUGACCGACAGAACCAGCGCUUCACCGCCACACCGGCCGGUGGCUCCAGUGAGCGUGCAGCGCUGCGCUACAGAUACACGGCGGAGAACCAGGUGGAUCUAACAUCAACCUACGUCCCGGAGCUAUUUAGGGGCCAAGGCAUUGCUGCGCUGCUGACACAGGCUGCCAUGGACUUUCUGGCUGAAGAGAACCUCAAAGCGUCUGUCUCAUGUUGGUACAUUCAGAAAUACAUCAGGGACCAUCCAGAGCUCCAUUACAAAGACCUCAUCAUCCUGAAAUACAAACCUCACGGUGCCACGUAAUCGAGCUCACCUCAGCUCAAA